UUUUUUUCUUUUUUCUUUUUCCUAUUCCUUUUGUUUUUUUUUCCAGAACACUCUUUCAUUUUUCCAGACUCUCUCGAGAACCAAAGCUCUCCCUCUCUCUUUAUCCCUUUCCUUUUUCCAGAAAACUCUCUUGAUCAAACGAAAGCUCUCCCUCUUUUUCUCCUUUUUUAUUCUUUAAAAGUUGUUUUGCACAAAUUGUAGUUGGCGAUUGUAAAGAUGUGCAGAUGGUGCAAAGCAUCGAACGAAUUUGGUUUUGCACUACUACCCAGCUUCCGUUGACCAAUUCCGAUUCUCCGUUUUCAAUCAGAUUGCAAAAUUGUUUCCAAAAAGUUCAGCUAAGAUCUUGAGUUUUGUCAUUGAAAACACAUAAUCCAACCCAGAAUUUGAUUUAUUGAAAAACCCAAAUGAUUGUUCCAAUGUAUCAUUUCUGAAUUCAAUGGAAUUCACAGUGAAAGGUGGACAUGCUGUGAGAGAGAAAUAAGCUCUAUGCUCCUUUCAAGUUUGUUGACUUGAGUUCAGAAUUCAGAUGACUGCUCCCGAGAGGAGAAUCAGGGGCUGGACUACUAGACUUUUUUUUUCAUCUGGAAGCCACUGGUUGUACCACUAAAGUACAGGCAUUGAAAAUUCAAGGUGCUGUUCUGUUUUUUUCAUUCGUUAUCAUCGCUUCUACAGAAGAGGCCAUAAUUUUCAGGAAUUUUGUGGGUACAUUCCUGCCUUUCUACCACAGCUCAAGAACCAAAGCAAGAAGUGGUGUGAUAUCUUUCCCAGGGCAGGAAUAAUUUGUUCUUAUGGCUCAACAAGCUUCCUCAUCUCAUAGCACUUCUAGUUCUUCUUGGUGCAGUUAUGAUGUGUUCUUGAGUUUCAGAGGCGAGGACACUCGCAAGACUUUUACUGACCACCUCUAUACAGCCUUUGUUAACGCAAACUUUCGAACGUUCCGAGAUAAUGAUGAACUUGAGAGAGGGGAAGAUAUUAAACCAGGAUUCAAGAGAGCCAUCCAACAGUCACGGAGUUCUGUCGUUGUUUUUUCUAAAGACUAUGCGUCUUCCAAAUGGUGCCUUAACGAGCUUGUGAUGAUCCUCAAACUCAAGAAGACCUCCGACCAUGUAGUUUUACCAGUCUUCUACGAUGUUGAUCCGUCUCAUUUGAGGAAGCAAACAGGAAGCCUUGCAGAAGCAUUUGCUAAACAUCAAAAGGUUCAAUCGUUUGACACGGUGAAGGAAUGGAGGGAAGCACUUGCUGAAGCUGCAGAUCUGGCAGGAAUGGUCUUACAGAAUGAAGAAGAUGGGCACGAGGCAAAGUUUAUCCAGAAAAUUGUUAAAGUGAUUGAAGACAAACUAAGGCGGACGCACGUAAGUUUUGAUCCGUACCUGAUUGGAAUCCAUUCUCGAGUACAAAGCAUCAACUCAUGGUUACAAGAUCGAUCAAAAGAGGUUGGCAUACUUGUCAUUUAUGGAAUGCAUGGAAUGGGAAAGACAACCAUGGCAAAAUUUGUUUACAAAUCAAAUUUUGAAAUAUUUGAAAGACACAGUUUCCUUGAAAAUAUCAGAGAAACUGCAGAAAAACCAAACGGCUCGAUUCAAAUACAAAAGCAACUUCUUCAUGAUAUUACGAAUGGGAGAAAAAUAAAAAUAUACAGCACAAGCCAGGGAAUGUCUGCAAUUGAAGAUGUCAUUAGCUCUAAAAGAGUUCUUCUCGUUCUAGAUGAUGUUGACGAUAUGGAUCAACUAUUAGGUGAGGUAAUUGGGAUGCAAGAUCGGUUAUAUCCAGGAAGUAAGAUCAUUGUAACAACUACCUAUGCUGGGUUGUUAAAUGCUCACCAACAAGUCUUGUCUCACAAUGCUGAAACUUUGAAUGACGAUGAAUCAUUGGAGCUCUUCAGUUUACAUGCUUUUGGACAGGACAUACCCACUGAAAGAUACAUGGAUCAUUCAAGAAGGGUGGUACAACAUUGUGGAGGACUUCCACUGGCUCUUAAAGUUUUGGGUUCUUCUCUAUCAGGAAAGAGGGUAGCUAUAUGGGAAAGUACACUGAACAAACUGGAAACUAUUCCAAAUGGUCAAAUCUCGCAAAAACUCAAACUAAGCUACGACUCCUUACAAGACACCCAUGAUCAAGAUUUGUUCCUCCAUAUUGCAUGCUUCUUUAUUGGAAUGGACAGAGAUGACAUCGUCAGAAUUCUAGAUGAGUGUGAUUUCUUCACAGAUGUUGGCAUCCAAAAUCUAAUGGAUAGAUAUUUAGUCACUCUUAAUGGAUAUAAUCAGGUGCAGAUGCAUCACAUGAUCCGCGACAUGGGAAGAGGAAUUGUACGCCUUGAAUCAAAGGAACCUGGGGAACGUAGUAGAUUAUGGCAUCAUAAGGAUUCUUUCAAUGUAUUGACAGAAAAGAAUGGUACGAAAAAAAUUGAAGGUCUAAUUCUCAACAUGCAAAUGCACCCAGCAUACGCUCGUUUGAGAAACUCAAAUGAUCAGACAGUUUUGGAGACCAAUGGGUUUGCACAGAUGCACAAAUUAAAACUCCUCCAGCUUAGUUACGUACAACUCAAUGGAUGCUACAAAGAAUUUUCCACAGGAUUAAGAUGGUUAUGUUGGUUUAAAUUUCCCUUUGAUUCUUUGCCCAGUAAUUUUCCAUUGGAGAGCCUUGUUGCUCUUGAAAUGUGCUGUAGCAGCUUGAGACAAGUUUGGAAGGGAACUGAGCUUCUCCCAUCACUAAAGAUCCUAAAUCUUAGCCAUUCCCGUGACCUUACAAAAACGCCCGACUUUUCGUUCGUCCCCAAGCUAGAACGGCUCAUUCUCAAAAAUUGUGAAAGUUUGAUUCAUGUUGACGAAUCCAUUGGAAACCUAGAGGGACUUGUUCAUUUAAAUAUGGAAGAUUGCAAAAGUAUUACGAAGCUCCCGCGUAAUAUUUCUAUGCUAACCUCCCUUGAAACACUUAUUAUAUCUGGUUGCUCAAAUCUCAGCAUGUUUUCCCUGGACAUGAGGGAGAUGGAAUCUCUGAAAGUGUUUGAAGCUGAUGGUGUUCCGGUACAUCGAUUACUCACUGCCGCCGAGGAGGUCACAUUAUGUCCAAGACCAAAUGUAGAAAUUUCUCGGGCUUCUUAUCUUCCACGCAAUUUAGUAGACUUAAGACUUAGUAACUGCAAUCUUUCAAAUGAUGAUUUUCCAAGAGAGCUUGGUAGUCUAUCUUCGUUGAAAAUUUUAGAUCUGGGUAGUAAUCCAAUUUGUAGCCUACCGGAUUGUGUCAGAGGUAUUACAGGGCUUGAUAGUCUCUCUUUUUAUAAUUGUACGAGGCUCAAAAGUCUUGUAAGGCUACCAACUGUAGGAAAUUUGUCAAUCCUUGGUUGCAAAGCAUUGGGAAAGGUGACAUUUCAAUCAUUCAGUCAGGUGAACUCCAGAAUGAGGUCUGUCAGAUACACGGGAAUCCGCAAUGUAGAUGAGGUAUUGGAGUAUGAGUACCGGUACAAGAUAGAGCCGAUUGAAAUUGUUGAUAUGGAAAUGAUCAACCUGUUGGGUUUGGGAAACUUAAAAUAUUUCACAGAAUCCUUUGUAAUGUCCCAGUAUUUACGCCUGGCCUUUGGUUGGAAGGCGGUUCGUCGUCCCAUCCAGGGACUGCAAGAAUGUGGCAUAUUCAGCACGUUUCUUCCGGGUAAUGAGGUUCCUCAAUAUGGCUUGUUCAGCCAUAAAAGUAAUGGGUCCUUAAUCUUUUACUGUGCCUGUACUUCCCAAUCGCAGGUUCCGAGGCUUGAACAUCUUCUCUGUCUAUGCAAAAUCCAUCAGCAAUGAUUCUCCUAACAUUAGUGCCAGUUUAGAGAGUUUACAUUGUGCAAUAUUUACUAAAGUUAGUAAUAAGAGUAAGGGUUUGGAGUGGAUCUAUGGGCCCUCACUAUUUGGUGAUCCCGGUGAGGGACAAGACGUGAUAUGGUUAAGCCAUUGGAAGUUUCGAAACGAUUUGGAAGGUGGCGAUGAGGUGACUGUUUCAGUUAUGACAAUAUCUGAGUUUCAGGUAAAGGAGUUUGGCAUCCAGAUUGUGUACCACGAGCAAGAAGACACGAUGUUGAGCACCCAGGACAACACCACAGAUGACUUUUUCUAUCCAGUUGUCAUUGGUGGAGAUUUGUCACGUUUUCUGCGGUCAGGAUCAGGAACAUACCUUCUUCGCCAUGGGCUAAAUUGGCUAACAGAGGAAGAAAAGGAUUGUGUGUUCAGUUCAGUUUUGUUCCAGGACGACAUUGGAGACCAUAAUAAACUAACAGGCAGAUGUUGGAAGGUGGUAAUGAUCGUAGCCGCUAUCUUCUUUCUCUCUCUUCUUCUGGUCUCUUGCACCUCUAUUUCAGUGAAAGAUGAAAGAUCAGUUAAUCCAGUUAUUCAGACAAUAGAGAGAAGAUAUAUCAACUGCAGAAAUUGAUCAAAUAUCAUGAGAUAUUGUCCUCAUUUUUCUUGUAAUCUUGUCCUCAGACCUGUUAAAGACCCGUCCCUAAUUUUCUUGUAUAAUUUUGUCCUCGUUGAUGUAAAUUUAUCAAAUUGCCCCUAGAACAUACGUACGAGUUGACUUUUGUAGACUUUUUGUUUCUAAUAUGUGACGUAUUAAUUAGUAUAUUUAAGUAGCACUUGUCGCUGUUACUUA